CUCUCACAUAUCACAAUGUCUGUCACGUUGCCGCUACGACAGUUCCCGGCGCGCAUAGCGCAGCCGUGGAUAUGUACAGCAUGCUCGCGCUCCCUCACACGCAUACCUCGUAGUCCCAAUCCCACAAUGCCCGCCGCGCGCCGUUGGAUCAGUUUGAAUAAGACCACGAAAGAUGCAAGGCAAGGCGCCGUGCCAAGUAUGGACCAGAUGCAUGCCAGAUACAAGCAGAAGAACAGGACGGUCAUGAACUAUGUCUUCAGUGUCAUCGUAGGCUUUGUAGCAAUUACAUACGGCUCUGUGCCUAUGUACAAGAUGAUAUGUCAAGAGACUGGGUGGGGAGGUCAACCCAUCAAGUCCACAACGCACGGCGGCGACCCUAACGUCGAUCCCUCCGAACGACUCAAGCCCGUCGAGAAUCAUCCUCGAAUCCGAAUCACAUUCAACGGCUCCGUGUCAGACGUUCUUCCCUGGAAGUUCGUACCCCAGCAGCGCGAAGUGCGCGUACUCCCCGGCGAAACUGCACUUGCAUUCUACACAGCAACCAACAAGUCAGACGAGGACAUCAUCGGAGUCGCAACAUAUUCAGUGACGCCAGGUCAGGUGGCGCCCUACUUCAGUAAGAUCCAGUGCUUCUGCUUCGAGGAGCAGCGGCUGAAUGCUGGUGAGACGGUUGAUAUGCCAGUGUUCUUCUACAUUGAUCCUGAGUUUGUUACGGAUCUCAACAUGAAGGGUAUUGAGACUGUGACGCUCAGCUAUACGUUCUUCAAGGCAAAUUACGAUAAGGAUGGGCAUUUGCGACCGGUGCCCAUGAGGUAACUGGAAGAGGGCGGAUUUGUAAGUAGUGUAUCAUAUCUGUACGGAAGUUCAACAGCCGUGUGUAUACCAUGUAAGAGCGAGCGGCACUCAUAAAAAAACUAGAGACGUUUUUUACGUUUGUCAUGACAGGGUCAAAUGAGGCAGGCUUGAUCGUGGUUGCUACGCGGAUUGGGUGCUCUUGCCCGGUACGAGGGUCUAGUGGUUACUGCCACAUAUUUAGCCCGACAACAACCAGAUAUUCCCAUCCUAACCCUCUCGCAUUAUCAUUCACUUACCACAUACAUAUCGAGUCUGCCAUCGUGCGACUGACCUUUGCGCUACAUACAUUCGCUAGCCUUACCAAACAUUCGUACUAUCGCUAUUCACCGCUCCUAUGCGUCCCAGCAAAAGU